UAACAGGGAGGCCAAACCCAGCCUGUGUUAGUCAUGCUGAUACACUGAUUUACUGCGGUGCUUUAAUAUUAUUUUCAUUUUUAUUGCUUAUCGUGAUUUAUUUACGAGGAUCUCUGUCAGUUAACAAGUUGAGUGAGUUCUCUUCCCUUUUAAUUUAAACUUCCCACUUUUAAGUGAGUAUCUAUUUUAUUCAGAGUCCCGUUAAUAAUCAAGAACGUGUCAGGAUGGAGACUAUUCAAUGUGUUAAGUGUACAAGUGAAAUGCCUUUAUUUGCCGUUGUAAGCACUGCAUACAACAAAAUUGUUGUUGCCACUUUAUUGGUGCAUAAUAUACGAACAUAAAAACACAGGACACAAUUUAAAAUCAAUGUUUAAAAACUAGGUAUCAAGAUAAGUAAGUAAUCAGUGCUGUACAUGGCGAUAGUAAAAGUUCAGGGUAGGUAGCAGCAUGGAAGAGUGCAGCAUGAAUAAUACUCAAUGUUUUUUCAUGUUGAGUGUGAAGAUUGCUUUGGGGAAACUGUCUCUGAGUCUGGAGGUGCGUGUUUUGGCUGACCUGUAACGCCUGCCAGAGGGCGAUAGUUCAAAAAGGUGGUGACAGGGGUGUGUGGCGUCUUUGAUGAUUUUAGUGGCUCUGCUGAGGUAGCGUGAGGUGGCAAUAUCCUCCAGAGAGGGCAGUGGGCAGCCGGUGAUUCUCUCUGCUGUUUUUACCACUCUCUGGAGCGCUUUCUUAUCUGCAGAGCAGCCUGCAUAUCACACUGACAUGCAAUAUGUCAGUAGACUCUCAGAGAGAAGGCCACCAGCAGCUUCUUCUUGGUGUGUCUCCUGAGCACUCUCGGGAAGUAGAGUCUCUGUUGUGCUCACUGGACAGUUACAGUGGUGUUAGCCGACCAGGAGAGGUCCACGGAUAUGAGGGCUCCUAGGAAUUUGAAAGUCUGCACCCUUUCCACAUUGCCCCAUUUAUGCAGAGCGGGGCCAGGCCUUCUUCCCGUUUCCUCCUGAAGUCUAGUAUUAGCUCCUUUGUCAUUCAUACACUCCCUCGUAUUGUUGGCGUGCAUAAAUCACAGUGUGGUGAUCGCUGACCUCUCAGUUCAGCACCAGGUCUGGCUGGUUAAAGACGCACUCGGCUGUGAAACAACAUUACCUGAGAGUUCGUUUUGGAAGCUUCCCCUCUCACCACCGAUGCACCACCAGUCCUAGAGAGGGGAAACAAGGAAGAGACUACAGUUACUCCUGGCAUUUUGUUCCUUUAAACCUUCUCUGGAGCCUCUAAUUCAAAUGAGCAGCUUUUUUUUUUAAUGCUGGUUGAGUUUUUGUAACUUUGUGGCAAGCAGGUUAAUAGUUAGUGAGGGAGAAGAGGAGGUAAGUGGAAGUGCAGCAACGAUUAGUUCUGACUGAUAACGCUGGGAGGAUCGGCAGACAUGAACCAGAACUGUCCCACGCUUGUCAUCUCCGGCCUUCCGGAGGUGCCUCGGGACGACAGCCUGGGCUGCCGGCCAGUGAACCUGUACGACUGCCUGUCUGUGGCUCAUCUCGAUCUCCGCAGGGCCUCGCUCAUCGACCCUCGAAGCAACCUGAUGACCUUGGUCCGGGGGAGAGUGGAGGAGGAAGAGGAGUCGUCGGAGAAUGACACGGAUGACCCCCAAAUGAAGCCCACCAAAAUCACAGCUGCAAUCCCCUACAUGAGCAGACCGUUGGCACUCGGCUGUCUGCUGCUGAAUAUCAUAGUCCCAGGGACAGGGACCAUCGUGUCGGGGCUCAGCCUGCUGUGUUGCUCCGAACCGGCCACCCCCACAGGCAGCAAGAGCAGUGACGAGACAUUGGCCCUGGUCUGCCUCAACGUGUGGGUGGGCAUCUCACAGCUCUUCACCGUACCCUUCCUCCUGGUCGGCUGGCUCUGGAGCAUCAUCUGGGGCGUGAUGAUGAUCAACCUCUCCUAUGAACAGAGGAACACAGGAGAAGCCAAGGGUGUCACCAUGGAAACCAAGACUGAACCCGUGUUCCUACCUUCAACAAUAAACCACUCUACAAAAUGAAACAAACUUUUCUCAGAACAUUUUACCAAGGUGGAAAAAUCAAAUACUGAAGGGCAAGGUUUUGAGGUGAGAGGGGCAAAAUUUACAGAUGUGUGGAGCAAGUUUUGUUUUUACAGAGUGUGAAGAGUGCCUGGAAUUUCAUCUUGUAUUCUGCACAGUAUCUUAUUUAGUUUAUUAUUAAUAAAGUCCGAUUAAAGAUGGUAAAAAGGUCUCUGAUGAGGUAGAUGGGUCAGGACCGCUCUCUUGUAGGUGAGAGGACGGGGUCAGUUGCCUGAUAACAGCUGAGAAGAAAUUGUCCCUGAAUCUGGAAAUGUGUGUUUUCAAACUUUCCCUUUCCUUUACCUAUCGUAUUUGAGUUUGACCUGAUUGUAUUUAUGUAGAGAAUUAUCUAAUCUGAUUGGAUAGCAUGUAAAACAAAGCUUUUCAUUGUACCUUGAUGACAAUAAUAAAGCUAAACGUAAACAAAUAUAAGUGCUUGGUGUGAAUCAGCUCAUGGGCCUACACCCCGGACUGGGAUGGGAUGGCAAUGGUACUGGGACCCUCGAGGCCCCUGGGUUGGGCCUCCGUUAAACAGUCCCAAGUGUGCAAUGAAAAGGUGUGAGACUCACUGUUUGGUUGUUUAGUUGCUUAUUUUGUUGCUGUUUUAAUUAAUGUUUCAUUUCUAAUUUUAUAUGGUUGAAGUGUUCUUUCUCUACCAUUGAUCCUAAACCUGGGAACCCCCUUGUACCGUAGCUUAGUAGAUACGAGAGUGGGCCAACAAGAGUUCGAAUCCCACAUGGCAAUAAAUGUUUUUAAAUUCAAGUCAUUAAAUAAAACAUAAAUGUUUAACAAAACACUUGUCUCUGUAUCAGUAAUGUUGAAAUCAUUGCAGCUCACAAUCUACAGUUCACACCCAGCCUUAUUUCUGUGAUUCCAUACCCCACAAUGUAUGUUGACCUUUCACCUCCGCACUUCAGGCCAAUUAAGCAGCAAAGUGCUGAAGGAAUGCAACAAAUCCAGCAGCAGCGAAUGGACAGAGAACAUCAAGAGUGUCUAAUUGUCAUGUGUACCGGCCAUGGAGCUGUGAAAUUCUUACUUGCUACAGCUUUACAAGCCCAUUAACACAACAAUACACAAAUACAUAUACAAUAAUCAAUAAUACAAUAAAUUAAUAAUCUGUGUUUGGAUCAUUCUCCUCAACAGAGGACAAGAAAGAAUCAAUGUGCCCUUCACUAAUAAUAGUCAUACAGCAUGGAAACGGGCCCUUUGGCCCAACUCGUCCAUGCCGAUUAAGAUGCUCCAUCUACACUAGCUCUAUUCCUCAUGUUUGGCCCAUAUCCAUUCAAACCUUUCCAAUCCAUGUACCUGUUCAAAUGUCUUUUCAAUUAUGUUAUGGUACCUGCCUCAACUAUCAUCAACUACAUGGAUGGUCACCAAAGAGGUAGAUACUAAUUCAGCACUGCUCUCUGGUUGUUGUAGGAUGAUUCAGUUGCCAGAAAGAGUCCUAGCCUACUCAACCUCCUAGCCAAGGAAUAGAGUCCCAGCCUGCCUAACCUGUCCCUAUAGCUCAGGCACUUAAGUCCUGGCACCAUCCUCGUAAAUCUUCUCUGCAUCCUUUCCUGCUUAACGGCAUCUUUCCAGAAGCAGGGAGACUAAAAUUGAACACCAUAUUCCAAGUGCGGCCUCACCAACGUCUUGUACAACUUUAACGUACCAUCCCAACUUCUAUACUCGGUACCCUUUACUGGUAAAGACAAGUGUGUCAAUAGCCUUCUUGGCCAACUUGUCUUCCUGCGAAUGCCACUUUCAGGGAACAGUGUACAUGUACAACUAACGCUGCUGUUUCUGGGCUCACUAGAGGAGAGGAAGUGGACAGACUGUCUCUGUUGUUUCUCUCUCUCUCUCCCAGGUCAGUGAUUUGUCACAUAACCAUCUGUCAGACAUGGUGUGACCAUCUGCCUAUCUAAUCUUCCUGCAGCAGUUAUUCAAUAGACAAUAGGUGCAGGAGUAGGCCAUUCGGCCCUUCAAGCCAGCGCCACUAUUCAAUAUGAUCAUGGCUAAUCAUCCACAAUCAAUGUGUUCCUGCCUUCCC